AUUCUGUUUUUUUCUGGAGUAGAGGAAUUAAAAUUAAAUGUUUGUGUUUGAUUAAACCCCUGAAGGAGAAGCUUCUCUCGCUAAGGAAUAUGAAAGGUAAUCUGGAAUUAGGACAAACUCUUUCUACUUAAACCUAUACAAGCCACCACUUACACUCAGUUCUGCUCACUCAACUCAGGCUUCUUCAAAGUAACUUGGUUAAAUUACUUCCCCUGUGAGUCUCAUGUACCACCUAUAACAUGGAGAAAUUAAAGUAGACCAGGUUUUCUGAGUCUGAGCAAGUGAGAUCCCUGAAAUGAUUUUCAAAAUUGGUCUUGUGUUUGCAUUUGGCAGUUUUCUGGAAUGAGUGCCCAGUUAUAAUUAGAAUUUGAAACGUGCCCCAGUCCUCCAACAAGUAUGAAAAACUCUUAAGAAAGGGGCAGGGGCAUAGGCCCAGAGACAGAGGCAUACCUUUCUCUCAGCUUCUCUUUCUCUAUCUCUGUGUCAUGGGGCAGAUCUUUUUUUAAAACUUAACAUGAACAUUUCAUAGUGUAUGCAAAUGUCAAAUCACUAUGUAGUAUACCCAAAAUUAAUGUAAUAUUGUACAUCAACUGUAUUUCAACAAAAUAGGGAAAAAAACUAAUAUGACUUUAGAAUAUGUUGCUAUAAGUGCAACAUUCAAUAUGAAUAACAUAAACACAGAUGGUUGGCCCUCCAUCUCUUCAGUAUAAUAUUAUGUUUUAGACUUUGGGCCAAAUUUUAGGAAGAACCUUUGAUAACGUAGGAUGCCUAUAUGAGAAAGCAGAACUGAGCCAGAGGACCUGAGACAACUUUUUGAAUAAAUGCUUAAUUACAAUCUUCACAUAAACAUUGGAGCACUAUAACUGAGUGCAAAAAAACACAGUAUUUAUUGGUUUAUGAUGUUUGUCAUAAAAAAAUACACAGUAUGUUUUACUGAAGGCAGAGGUUAUGAAGAAAAGAUUAGACCAUGUGUUUGUGGAAACUUGUAGUGUUGGACGUGUUGCUGUGUGUGUCCACGCUAGUCAGUAUUGAGAGUAUGAGUGGGCAGGUAACGCAGUCAAAUGGAGGACAGUUCCUUCUCUGAUUACAUUGAGGGGGUAAGAAGGCUACUUGUUGAAGAUAGAAAAUACCUCAUCAGUAUGGACUACCCUAGCUCCUUAGGUAUUACUAUAUCCUCAUAUUUAAUGAUCUGGGUCCAGUCCCAGCUGACAUAAAAUCCACUUUUUAAAUAGUGCUCGAGGUUGCACCAGUGGAUGUGUUGGGAGCCACAUCCUUGUACCUUCCGGUAUACAGACAAAUUUUAGCACUAGUAAUCCAAUAGGAAAGUAAUAAAAUGAUAUUCAUAAUAAAAUGAUAUUACUAUGAAAUAAUACUGCUGUAAACACAAUGACAUCUGCCAACUGGUAUAUGCUUACUUCUUCUGCAGUUAUACCUCUGCUCAUUCAAUCUCAACAACCUAUUUCCAAUAAGACACUGAAACACAGAUAUUUCUUUCUUAAUAAUUAUGUUUUCAUCGAGUGUUACAUGAUUAAGGAUAUCGUCUCGGGAGUUCCCUGGUGGUCCAGUGGCUAAGAUCCCGCACUGCCAGUGCAGGGGGCCUGGGUUCAAUCCCUGGUCAGGGAACUAGAUCCCACAUGCUUCAACUAAAGCUUUCGCAUGCCGCAACUAUAAAGAUCCCACGUGCCUCAACUAAGACCCGACGCAGCCAAAUAAAUACAAUUUUGAAAAAAGGAUAUCGUCUUACCACUCAAACACCUUGUUUUCAAAUGGCCUAUAAGCAGACCCCACCGAAUGAUGAGGAGCUGGGUAAGUCAGUUACCAUAAGGUGGGCUUUCAAAUUAUGUUCAGAAGGGAUCUCAGGAGGUGGCUGCCAGCAUGUGGAACCGAAUGCAAGCUACCAGAGUGGAAAACAUGUUCCCCGUUACACAGAGCUUACAUUCUUUUAGGGAAAAUAGAUAUGUGAAUAUUUUAAAACGUACCUUGUUAAAUGAAAUAGCAGAAGCAUGCGUAAACUGCAGAGGUGAAUGAUUCCUUCUGGGUGGGAUUAAAUGGGGCCGUUAGUUUAUUUUUAUUAUUCAAGUUGGAUUUAAAUAGUUUAUAUUAAUUCAACAGCUAAUGAAGGAGAAGCAGCAUCCCAAAAUAAAGAAAGUAAGUGUAUUGUCAGGGUGGAGAAGAGGAUAGUAGCAUCCUGCAAUGUUGCUUGGACGCAGAGCGUGACACAGAGUGAAAGAAGUGCAGGCAAAGCAGGGGUCCUGUCACCAGGGGACUCACGACAUGGUCUCUCCUAAGGAGCUUGAUUUGAUCCUGUUGACACGAAGAGGUCAUUGAGAGGCUGAAACAAGAUACUAAUAGAAUAAUCCUACCUGAGAAAGAAGCUCAGAGGAAGAGGAAAGAAAGGAGAAGGAAUGGCCCUUUCCCAGGGACUGUUGACAUUCAAGGAUGUGGCCAUCACGUUCUCUCAGGAGGAGUGGGAAUGCCUGGACCCUGCUCAGAGGGCCUUGUAUAGGGACGUGAUGUUAGAGACCUACAGGAACCUGCUCUCCCUGGGUGAGGAUAACUCCUCUCCGGAAGUUGGAAGCCUUUCUGCUGGAUUUACAAUCAAGGAGUUAUCACCAAGAGAGGGCAUUAAUAAAGGAGAAUUAUACCAUCUAGUGAUACUGGACAGAAAUGACAACCAUGGCAUCAAGGAUUUUGACCUCGAGGAAGUCUGUGCAGAUGUGCAGGAGUGUGAGAGUGAGUGGGGAUGUGAUGCAAGAAAUGACAAAGAAGUACUUUUGACUCAUAACAAAAAUCUCACUCAUGGAGAAGAUCACGAUAAUAAGUCCUUAAUUAAUUUUCCUCAGAGUGUUUCUGUACGAAGUAAUGCACGUGAAUAUUUCACACACGACAAGCCAUCCAUAAGAAGUUUGUUAACAACGAAAAAUAACGUCAGCGUUGCUGGAAACAGAGAUCUCAAGUGUUUGGAAAGCAGACCUGGAGUGAGGCUGCAGGCCCAGGCGGCUCAGCUGCAGAGAUGUGCAGCUGAGGAGAAAGUGUAUGCGUGCGGUCAAGGUGAGAAGCCAGUCAGCAGUGGUUCCUCAGUUUCACCACUUCACAGAGUUCCUCCUAGUGUGGAAAACACGUUGUCACCUGCGCAGUACAGGAGAACACACACUCGAGAAAAAUCUUACAGCUGUAAUGACUGUGGGAAGGCUUUUAGCAAAAGCUCAAACCUCAGGAAUCACAGGAGAAUUCAUUCUGGACAGAAACCUUACAGAUGUAAUGUGUGUGGCAAAGCCUUUAACCAGUGUUCUAAUCUCACUACACAUCAGAGAGUGCAUACAGGAGAGAAACCAUAUAAAUGUCAUGUAUGUGGCAAGGUCUUUAGUCGAAAUUCACACCUUGCAAAUCAUCAGAGAAUGCACACUGGGGAGAAACCUUACAAAUGUCAUGAGUGUGGUAAGGCCUUUAUCCAACAUUCACUCCUUUGGAGUCAUGAGAAAUUGCAUACUGGUGAGAAACCUUACAAUUGUAAUGAGUGUGGCAAAGCCUUUGCUGAGCGGUCAAGCCUUAACAAACAUCAGAAGAUCCAUACUGGAGAGAAACCUUACAAAUGUAUCGUGUGUGGCAGAGCCUUUACCAUGCGAUCAAAUCUUACUCAACAUGAGACAAUCCAUACUGGAGAGAAGCCUUACAAAUGUCAUGAGUGUGGCAGAGCUUUUACCCAAUUUUCACGCCUUACUAGGCAUCAGAAAAUGCAUGCUGGGGAGAAACCCCACAAAUGUAACGUGUGCGGCAAGGCUUUUAUUGAACUUUCACAACUUUGGGGUCAUGAGAGAAUUCAUACUGGUGAGAAGCCACACAAAUGUAACGUGUGUGGCAAGGGAUUUACCCAACGUUCAAGCCUUAUGGCACAUCAGAGAAUUCAUACAGGAGAAAAAUCUUACAAAUGUAAAGACUGUGAUAAGGCUUUCAUCCAACGUUCACAACUUUGGGGUCACGAGAGAACUCACACUGGAGAGAAGCCUUACAAAUGUAAUGAGUGUGGCAAAGCUUUUACAAUGCGUUCAUAUCUUACUCAACAUAAAACAAUCCACACUGGAGAGAAACCUUACAAAUGUAGUCAGUGUGGCAAAGCUUAUACCCAAUUCGCAAGCCUUACUAGGCAUCAGAAAAUACAUACUGAAAACAAACAUAAACCUAACAUAUGUGGCAAUGCUUUUAUUCAAAGCUCAGGCUUUGGGGAUCAUCAGACAAUUCACAGCAAAAAGAAACCUUAAAAGGUAAUGAUUGACACAUAACUUGUGCAAGUAUCCAAGCCUUACUCAGGCUGAGAGACUCCCAUCAUGGAAAAGGAAGACAUACAGAUGGCCAACAGGUGCGUGAAAAGAGGCACAUCCCUAAUCAUCAGGGAAAUUCAAAUCAAAACCACAGUGAGCUACCACCUCACAU